AUGCAGGUCAACGCAUUCUCCCUGCGCAAGCAAAUGGCGGUUGUCAAGGACAAGAUGCUCGAGUUGCUGGUCGAUGUGCUGUCUGUCUGCGAGACCUGGCUCACGCCGAAUGUCAACUCGCGAGCGGUGGAGGUGCCUCGAUACAAAUUAUUUCGUAACGACCGAGGCUUGCCCUCACCGAAUCCCAACCAGGAUUAUGUGUUCGGUGGUGGUGUGGCUUGUUAUGUGCAUAGCGAUCUACCAGCCAGGAUCGUCUACAGCCCUAAGAUUUCCUGCAUCGAUGAGAAUGAGGUCCUGGCAAUUGAACUGAAGUUCAGAGCUAAGAAAUUAUUGCUUACCUCCGUCUACCGCCAUGGUACUACACAUGGUAAUUACUGCACUGAGCUAUUUGACUACUACCAAUCGAUUUGUCAAUCAUUUGACCACUUUGUAUUUGUUGGCGACUUCAAUGCAAAUAUGCUCACGCAGAGUGAUGAGGCCAGGAACUUGAGAGCGCUCACCAGUGAAUGCUCAUUGGAGCUGGUCCCGUCCGAGCCGACGCAUCACACCGCUUUCACCGACACUUGGAUUGACCUGGCGUUCGUGGACUCCCUUUCAAGAGUCCGGAAUUAUACAAAGUCCUCUGCACCGUUCAUCCAUGGGCAUGACUAUUUUUGUUUUGAUUAUUUUGUGGGCUCACCUGCCGUGGUGCUUGAGCCCCGCCUGUCGCGUAAUUUCUCAAAAUUCAAUAAAUUAUUGUUCAAUUGCCAAUUAAGCACUCGCCUCUCGACUCUCUCAGUGUCUCUCUCCCACUGUGACAACCCGGAUGUACUGCUUCACGAGUUCAAUUCUUCUGUACUCGAAUUGCUCGAUGAGCAUGCUCCCAUUGGCCUGUCUCGGAAACGAAGAGCAUCAGCCCCGUGGUUCACGCCUGCACUGCGUGCGAGGUGUAAUGAGCGUGAUAGAAUGUACAGGGACGCAAGGCGGCGGGGCAGCCGAGACCUGCUUUAUCGAUAUCGCUGUCUGCGAAAGGAGCUUAAGCGCGAUAUCGAGCUCGCCAGAGAGCACUACCUGCGCGAUGCCUGUGCUCUCGAGUGCGAGUUUCGGCUCAUCGAGGUGACAGAGGCGCGGGUACUCAAGGCUCUGCUGCACGUGGGACAUGGCGCUCGUGGUAGCAGCUGCGAUGGUGUGUCCUUGAGAUACCUGGAGCAUUCGUACACUAUAAUUGCGCCUUUCCUGUCGCGCAUUUUUAAUGCUUCUAUUGCCGCCGGCAAGUAUCCCACGCUUUGGAAGCGAUCAACAAUUGUUCCGCUCAGCAAAGUGCCCCGGCCGCUUUCGCCCGCGCAGACACGACCGAUAGCCAACCUGCCCCACUUGGCCAGGGCUUGUGAUAGGCUUAUCACCGAGCAGAUGGUCGCCUACCUGGAGGAUAACCGGCUGUUGUCAACAAGGCAAUCCGGAUUCAGAAGGGGCUACAGCACCCAGACGGCACUGUUGAGGGUCGUCGAGGACGCCCGAAGAGCGGUCGAGGAUGGGCAUGUGACGAUCAUUGUGCUAUUCGAUUUCAAGUGCGCAUUCGACACGCUUGAUCACACUGUGCUUUUGAGGAGGCUUCGUGAGUUGGGCUUCACGGCUGAUGCACUGCGCUUUGCACACUCCUACCUCAGCGACCGAUCUCAAGCCGUGGCUGGUCUUGAUGGCCCCGCCUCCGACUUCCUGCCUUUGACGUCUGGUGUACCAUAA